CUUAGAAAAAAAUGUCAAUCUACAGACAGAUUGACCCGCAUAAAAUCAAUCUGAAACAAGCCCAAAUCUCAAUGUUGGGCCCAAGAAGCAUGGAGCUAAAAUGAAAAAGCCCGAGUGCCCAACUAAUAGGAAAGGCGCGAAAGCCUGGACGAUAAACCAGGCGGCAGCUCGGAGAUGGAAGAAACAGGGGACAACCAACAGAAGAUGAAUCGCUCGCCAAAGAAGACGACCUGUGAAGGAAAAAUAUGACGUAUGAAAAUUGUUCUGGGAAGGACCCAACUCUGUAUUAUUUACGACCGCUUGGUUUGUGCUGAAGUUAUGAAGCCUACUGUGUAUCGAGUUUGAUGUGUGUGGCUUUCUCGGAGCCUCCCAGUUUCCCGCCUACUAUUAUAAUGCUUUCUCGAGCCAAUUCGAUAGUUUACCACUUGAAGCAAUGCUCCAAGAUCAUAGAUUUGGAUUCGGCACUGGGAAAUAUGAUCAAAGUAGCAGCAACCCAAGAUUGCUUUUUAAUGAACCAAUUCAUCACGGCUUGUUCUUCCGUUGGCGCGACGGACCAGGCCGUUUCCGCGGCUGCGCAGAUGGAGAAUCCGAAUGUUUAUGUUUAUAACGCGAUGCUUAAAGGAUUCGUCGAGAAUCGUCGACCCGUUGAGGCUCUCGAGUGCUAUGUUCAGCUGCUGAGAGCUCAGUUGUCGCCGACGAGUUAUACUUUUUCGUCUCUGGUUAAAGCCUGCAGCUUUGUACGCGGGGAUGGUGGGAGGAUUGGGGAAUCAGUUCAUGGGCAGGUUUGGAGACACGGGCUUGCUUCGAGCGUGUUUGUCUGCACGACGUUGAUAGAGUUUUACUUUGAUUUGGAGAGAAUAGGUGAGUCCGUCAAGGUGUUUGAUGAAAUGCCUGAGAGAGAUGUCUUUGCGUGGACCACGAUGGUUUCUUGUCUUGCUCGUGCAGGGGAUUUGAUUACGGCGAGGAGGUUGUUUGAAUUGAUGCCUGGAAGGAAUGUCGCUACUUGGAACACAUUGUUGGACGGAUAUGCAAGAUUGGGGGAUGUAGAGUCGGCUGAAUUGCUAUUCAAUCAAAUGCCUGCUAAAGAUGUUAUUUCAUGGACUACGAUGAUCAACUGCUAUUCCCAGAACAAGAAAUUCAGAGAGGCAUUAGGAGUCUUCAAUGAGAUGACCAAGAAUGAGAUUACUCCUGAUGAAGUGACCUUGGCAAGUGUGAUUUCAGCAUGCGCCCAUCUCGGAGCCCUUGACUUAGGCAAGGAAAUCCAUUACUAUGUGAUGCAGAAUGGAUUCGACCUCGAUGUCUACAUCGGAUCGUCUCUGAUCGAUAUGUAUGCAAAAUGUGGAUCCCUAGAGCGGUCUCUUUUGGUGUUUUACAAAUUGAGAGACAAAAACCUCUUCUGCUGGAACUCCAUCAUCGAAGGUCUCGCAGUCCAUGGAUAUGCAGAAGAAGCUCUAGGAAUGUUUUCCAAGAUGAAGAGGGAGAGAAUCAAACCGAAUGGGGUGACUUUCAUCAGCAUCCUAAGUGCUUGUGCUCACUCAGGGCUUGUUGAAGAAGGCCGAAAGUGGUUCAAGAGCAUGACUUGUGAUUAUUAUUUCCCUCCACAACUAGAGCAUUAUGGUUGUAUGGUUGAUCUAUUGAGCAAAGCCGGUUUGCUCGAAGAAGCUCUCAGGCUUAUUAGAACCAUGAAUUUGGAACCAAAUGCUGUUAUUUGGGGAGCAUUGCUUGGCGGAUGCAAGCUUCACAGGAACUUUGAGAUUGCACAGAUUGCUAUUGAGAAGUUGAUGGUAUUAGAACCAGGGAAUAGUGGUCAUUAUGCUCUUUUGGUUAGCUUACACACUCAGGUUAACCGGUGGAGUGAUGCUGCAAACAUUAGGUGGAAGAUGAAGGAACUUGGAGUUGAAAAGUGUUCUCCUGGGUCCAGUUGGAUUGAGGUGGAGAAGAGAGUUCAUCAGUUUGCUGCAUCGGAUAAGUCUCACCAUUCCUCGGAUGACAUACUGUCUGUUUUAAAUCAACUAGAUGGGCAGUUAAAACGAGCUGCAAAUAGACCUCCUGGAAUUUGCCUUCAGUAAAGAUUACAAAUUUCAGGAAGAUGGCUGCUUCUGCAUUGUACAAUUGUUUGCAAAUU